UUCCGUCACCACGUGAGGAGGAAGUGAGUGAGGAGAGAAGACGGAGUAAUCGAGCGGAGCGGCUCAAGCAGGCGAGCCAAGGCCAUCGCUCAACUCUACUCGUCUUGACUACCUGAGCUAACUUUAGCUACAUGUGCUGAGGUCGAGGGGGAAACUGAUCUCAACUGCAACAAUGCCGACAAUUACUUUACCGCCGAAGGAGAACGCUCUCUUCAAGAGGAUUUUGCGAUGUUACGAACACAAGCAGUACAGAAAUGGGCUCAAGUUCUGCAAACAAAUACUGUCCAAUCCCAAGUUUGCCGAGCAUGGAGAGACCCUGGCAAUGAAGGGCCUGACCCUGAACUGUCUGGGGAAGAAGGAGGAAGCCUACGACCUGGUGAGAAGAGGUCUACGCAAUGACCUCAGGAGCCACGUCUGCUGGCAUGUGUACGGCCUUCUGCAGCGCUCGGAUAAGAAAUACGAUGAGGCAAUCAAGUGUUACCGCAAUGCUCUGAAGUGGGACAAGGACAACCUGCAGAUCCUCCGAGAUCUGUCCCUGCUGCAGAUCCAGAUGAGAGACCUGGAAGGCUACAGGGAGACACGGUACCAACUGUUGCAGCUGCGUCCAGCACAGCGGGCCUCCUGGAUCGGCUAUGCCAUCGCCUAUCACCUCCUGGAAGACUACGAGAUGGCUGCAAAGAUCAUUGAGGAGUUCAGGAAAACACAACAGACGUCUCCAGACAAAGUGGACUAUGAAUACAGUGAGCUGCUGCUGUACCAGAACCAGGUCCUGAGGGAAGCAGGCCUGCACAAAGAGGCCCUGGAGCAUUUGUCCAACUAUGAGAAGCAGAUCUGCGACAAGCUGGCUGUGGAGGAGACGCGAGGAGAGUUACUGUUGAAGUUGGAGCGUCUGGAGGAGGCAACAGAAGUCUACCGCCGUCUGCAGGAGAGGAACCCAGAGAACUGGUCCUAUUACCAUGGCCUGGAAAAAGCCCUAAAACCAAGUAGUGUAGAGGAACGAUACAAGAUCUACGAAGAAACCUGGGAGAAGUUUCCCAAAGGACUGGUUCCUCGCCGACUGCCUCUCACCUUCCUCUCUGGUGAGAGGUUCAGAGAAUGUCUGGACAGGUAUCUGAGGAUAAACUUCAGUAAAGGCUGUCCGCCUGUCUUCACCACCCUCAAAUCACUUUACAAAGACAAAGAAAAGGUGGCAGUAAUAGAGGAUUUGGUCGUUGGCUAUGAAACCUCAUUAAAAAGCUGUAGAAUGUUCAACCAGAACGAUGACGGUAAGGAGGAACCACCAACCACGUUGCUCUGGGUGCAGUACUUCCUGGCACAGCACUAUGACAUGAUUGGCCAACAGACACUGUCUCUAGAAUACAUCAACGCCGCCAUUGAGAGUACGCCCACGCUCAUCGAACUCUUCCUCAUCAAGGCCAAGAUUUACAAGCAUGCUGGGAACAUCAGAGAGGCUGCUCAGUGGAUGGAUGAGGCCCAGGCCCUGGACACUGCUGACAGAUUCAUCAACUCAAAGUGUGCCAAAUACAUGCUGAAGGCUGGCAUGAUCAAAGAGGCAGAGGAAAUGUGCUCCAAGUUCACAAGGGAGGGAGCGUCAGCGGUUGAGAACCUGAACGAGAUGCAGUGUAUGUGGUUCCAGACAGAGUGUGCACUCGCCUACAAGAGUAUGAACAAGUUUGGAGAGGCCCUCAAGAAGUGCCACGAGAUUGAAAGGCAUUUUGUGGAGAUCACAGACGACCAGUUUGAUUUCCACACAUACUGCAUGAGGAAGAUGACGCUACGCUCCUACGUGGACCUACUGAAAUUGGAGGACGUGCUCCGAAUGCAUCCCUUCUACUACAAGGCUGCCGUCACGGCCAUCCAGAUCUACCUGAGCCUCCACGACAAUCCCCUAAUUGAUGACAGCAAGGAGCUGCAGGCUGACACCGCUAACCUCUCGGACAAAGAACUGAAGAAGUUGAGGAACAAGCAGCGGCGAGCCCAGAAAAAGGCCCAGCUGGAGGAGGAAAAAAAGAAUGCAGAGAAGGAGAAGCAGCUGAAGAACCAGAAGAAGAAGAAGGAAGAUGAUGAUGAGGAGAUUGGAGGUCCCAAAGAGGAGUUAAUUCCUGACAAACUGGUCAAGGUAGAAAAUCCUCUUGAAGAAGCCAUCAAGUUCCUGAUGCCUCUCAAACACUUGGUCAAGGACAAAAUAGACACACACCUACUGGCUUUUGAGAUCUACUUCAGGAAAGAAAAAUACCUGUUGAUGCUCCAAUCAGUGAAGAGAGCGUUGGCCAUUGACCCAGACCACCCAUGGUUACACCAGUGUCUAGUACGCUUCUUUAAAGGAGUCUCGGAGAGCAAAGAGCUGCCGGAAGUGGUCAGGACGGUGCUGAAGCAGGAGAUCACCCGGCUGUUCGGAGACAGCAAUGCUAAGAGCUUCAACCAGGCCUACCUCACCAAGCACUCAAACUCCAUACCACACCGACUCGCUGCUGCUAAGAUGAUGACGUACCUGGACUCAUCGACGGAAACGAAGGCAGCGGAGCUGGCCACUGCACUCGAUGAGUCACUCGAGAACAGAACCAUACAGAUCUGCAUAGAGGUCCUGGGGUGUCUUCGGAGCGGCGUUCUGGGUGACUGUAAGGAGCGUGCCGAGUCGUAUCGCGCAGAGUGUCACAAGCUUUACCCCUACACGUUAGCUUUCACGCCCCCUGGAUACGAGGAGAACACCAAGAUCGCCAACGGAGAUGUUUCUACAGAAACAGAGGAACUAGCCAAUGAGAUGUGAGCGCGACAGAACAAAAGCGGAUGAGAAAAGGAAUUGGGCCGAGCACGGAGCCUUGUGGUAUGCCUGGCAGCCAUUCUGUAGAGCCAGACAUGGGAAGCGAAAAUUUGUGUUUCGUUCUUUGGCUCAGCAUAAUAGGGUCUGACCUGGCCUGGCUUGGCUCUCUCCCACAUGAUGAAAAUCAGGACUGUGUGUGUGUGUGUGUGUGUGUGUGUGUGUGCGCGCGCCUGGCUGACUGGUGUUGAGAGCAUGUGCGCUGUUAUGUAUAUUUGUGGGAAAGGGGGGGGAAAGAGGAAGAUAACAGAAUGGCCAUUUUACUUUUUUAAUAGAGCUGACAACCAUGCUGAAAACGAAAACAAACAAUAGUUAUUGGCAAACUGUCGGGAGAAACUGUGACGGACUGACAUGGACUGUCUAUUUCCUCGGAAAUGAUCAAUAACAGUGACAGACACCACUCGAGUUUGACUCGGUGCUGAUCUGACAUCUGCCUAUGGCAUACUGUGUUCGCCCUUAUUUUAAAAAGCUAAUUUAAAUGAAAAUAGGACACAACUGUCAGCGGGGGACAGGAGGCUGAGCUGAGUGGGUCUGAUCUGUGAUGGAUCUGUAGGAAGCUGAGCAGGAAAAGGUACCGAGGAUCCGAAGUAGACACCGGACAUCCAGCGACCACAGGUGUAUCUGUAGCUGCAGUUACACUCCGGUAAACUGCUCAUCUACAAGUGGCAGUGCAGUGGAGUGUUUGAGGACGGCCUCAUCUCUGCAGGGGCACAGCACGAACAAAGUCGCCUCACUUGUGAACAGUUUUCUUUUUUGGUCAGACUGUGCUUCCCCUCACUGUUCCUGGUUUAACUUGGGAAUAUGUAAUCCUCUGUCUGUUCUUAUGGAGCACCUUGUAGCACAGAUGAAAAACUGUAAAGGUUGUGUGUUGUGCUCCGUUUCAAUUAUACUGCUACUCUUAAGGUUUUUACAUAGUUCUGAGAGAGUUGGAUAGAUCAAAGCAAUACCAUACACACCUUCCUCUCCAUAAUGGAUCGAUGAAACACUUGAUGCUGAUGGUGAUUUCUCGAUCAGAUUCUGGCUGGUUACACUGAGCCUCCUGGCAGAGUCACUUGUGUUGUUGCUGUUGUCACUGUUAGAAACGGUUUUAUCUGCAUGUAUCUGCACAGGGACUUAAUAACAGUUAGAGUGCAAACUAACCUCCAGUACAUCCUACUCCAGAGGGCUCUUCUUUGCAAAGCGGCUCCUGUAAAGGUCACAGUUCAGCAUCCAGGCCCAUCUCCAGAGGCGAGUGAACCUAUGAGCACCUGAAAUUUGUUGUUUUACUUUUUCUGUUUCACCUGUUUUUUUGCAUCUCUUUUCUUCCCCUUUUUCCUCUACUUUGGGUUCUAAUGUGAAAGGUGAAAUCUGAGAUGGCGAUGUAUGAUAUCUCUGGAUUUUUGUAUUAAAACAAAGGAAAACAAAA